AGAGACUUCAGAGCUGAGAUGGGACACUGACAAUAACAGCAAAGUGUAACGAAAAGGUCCAAUAUAAGUCUAGUUGAUGAAUUUUCAAAUAUUUUUUAAUUAUUUCCUGCAUUCACCAAAAUCUUUCAGGAGAUCCAGGAGAACGUACAAUAUCAGAACAUCAUGAUGUCCAAGACGUACAGGAGACCUGGGGAGGGAUCAGAUCUGGUUGGUUCCCUGGAGUGGAUGGACGAAGACAUGAGCUCCCCGGAAGGAGAUGCGUCAAUCGCAUCUCAGCACUACAGAGAGAGCGGCCUGGGCCUCCAGGGACGGGAGCUGGGGAGUGAGGACAUGGAAGAUGAGGAGGAGGAGGAGGAGUGUGAGGGAGAAGACAGCGGGCCUAAAAGACGUGGGCCCAAGAGGAAGCGGAUGACCAAAGCUCGACAGGAGCGUUUCCGUGCCCGGCGGGUGAAGGCUAAUGCCAGGGAGCGCUCACGAAUGCACGGUCUGAACGAUGCCCUUGAGAACCUGCGCAGCAUCAUGCCCUGCCACUCCAAGACCCAGAAACUGUCAAAGAUUGAGACUUUGCGUCUGGCCCGCAACUACAUAUGUGCUCUGUCAGAGGCCCUGGAGGGAGGCCAGUCCCUAGAAAGCAGGGCCUUCAUGGAGACGCUGUGUACGGGACUCUCCCAGCCCACCAGCAACCUAGUGGCAGGUUGUUUGCAGCUUGGCCCAGCCCUGACGGGUGGGGACAGGCCUGAGGACCGGCAUGGAGGCCGAGGGGGCCCCACCGUGCUGGGAGGGGUUGGGAUGGUGGUCGGUCCAAUAGGUUACUCCUCCCCAGGUUUGCCCAGCCCCCCCUAUGGCACGCUAGACUCCACCCACAUGCUACACAUGCGGCCUGUGAAGGGUGUGGCUUACGAAUGCCACUCCCCAAAUGACUGUAAUGGUGGAGGGGUGGGCACGCCCCCCUAUGACGGCCCCCCGACGCCCCCUCUUAGCAUUGGUAACAGCCUGGUGCCCAAACAGGAGCCCUCGCCCCAUUACCUGCCCCCUCACAACUACCCCCCCCCUUCUAUGAGCCUGACCGCGCACCAAGGGCAGGUCCUCUACCAGACAUCCAGCUAUGAAACACCUCUGGAGGGGCAUUAUGACUCCUAUCACCCACCCCACAUGGCCCCCCAACAGAUUGGGACCGUUUACACAGACUAGGGAGCCUGGAAGCAGAGAGGAUGCAUGCAUCUCUUCUCCAGCAGUCUGUCUUCCAGCUCUGACUGUGCUCUAUCUCAACCAGAGACUUUCAGAUGAGAGACCUUUGAUGGAACUGAACACUGUGAAACCACUUCUUUGAAAAAGUAGAAUAAGGAUGUAGAGGAAGAACUGUUUACAUUUUGUACGGUGCACAAGCACUGUGCUACAUUAGGUUAGAGUCCAACACUGUUAAAAUGUCUUUGCUUGAUUUGAGUGGGAUAGACUAAAGUCCUACAAAGGAAAUCUACCAGCUCAUUUCAACCACAUAGGUAGAAGACCACCUUAGCACUUCUGAUUAAGACUGGGAACAAUAAACAUAUUUUUCACACAAAUGCACAUUUCUGUACCUUAAUCUAUUUAUUAUUCUCUAAUUUAAUAUUUAUACAGACUACAGUGAGAUGUGUUGUAUUUUCCUUUUCUAAAUAUGUUUGUCUUGGCCUUUUCUCUGUGAGCUGUCCUGGUUACAUUGUGUACUGUGGCAGUAUUUUGGCUUUCAUUUUUCUCUUUCCAUUUGUCUUUUGUCUAUUGUCUUCUAUUUUGCACUUCAAAUGAUUUCCCAGUGUAGUUUUACUAGUGUUAUGUAACAGAUGAGCAGGGAAUAUUUACUGAUAAACAAAUGUAUACUAUAUCACUGAAAUUGUAUGGCAAACUGAAUUGAAUCUAGUAUAUAUAGAAAACCUAUGGGGUUAUCUCAGGUUUAAAGGGAGCUCAUGGACAAUUAAAAGGCCUGAUGUAACUGAAUAAUUCAAAUAUGCCAAACCAUGCAAAAUUGUUAAUUAAUUGAAUUCACUGUAUAGACAAAUUCAAUGUAUUAACUUUGAGAAGAAACAUUUGAAUUGAGUUGAAUCUACAUAAAGGAAUAUGAAAUUAAAGUGUUAAAAUUGUAACAAAUGUACAAUUUUGUGUUUUAUUAUUUGAUCACAACCAUAAUAA